GUCAGGGUGCCUGUCGAUAACGACAUAUUUAAAGACAUGACUUUCUGUUUUCUUCUUCCCGGGUGAUAUUUGUUUCGCUGAAUAAUUAACAUAGAUUAAGCGUUUAAUAAUGCUUCAGAUGAACUAAGGGAAGAACGAAGCGGUUAUCAAAUGGAAUCAGAGGAGAACUGGAGUGAGUUCGUAAAAGAACAUCUGUUUGUUGGCACCAUUCUUGAUGGUGUGAUUGUCCUGACCAAACGCGGUGACUCAAUCUACUCAUGCGGGAACCUCCAAGAUCUAACUCAGAAAUAUUAUGCCCAGUUUCUUGUUAUCUUUACGACAACAUCUGAAGAACAAGACUCUGCUGCAUGCCAAAAGGGAUUUAUUCUGCAAACUGCAAAUGAUGAUCAGGAGAUUAAAUACAUCAUCUACAGCAAGAAUUUUUGUAGUGUAUAUGCAAUGUCACGUCAUAACAGAUCUGGAAUCAUAGUCUGCAGUCUACCUUAUGGUGUAUUGAUUGCUACGUACUCAUUUCCUUGCACCAGUGUAAAAGCAAUAGAAAUUGUGGAGAACACUUGCGAACAACUGAGAAGAUGA